UAAAAAUUCCUGUUGGAUGGGGUCGGUCAUGUUUAUUUGUCAAAUAAAAUAUCGUUAAGUUCAGACAAGCAUUUGUAUAAUCAUUUGAAGUUUACAGGCUGUGCAGAUUUCCUAAAAAUUCCAACCAUGACACAAAAUAGAAAACGUAGAAGGAGUCUCCAAGAAGAUGAGGUAGAAGUGGAGUUCGUGCCGUUGUCAAAAAGGAUAAAUAACCUUCAUAUAAACAACACUAUGCUCUUGGAGAAUUCCAAUGAAAGGGCCACAUCGAUAAAUUCCGUAGAAUGGGGUCCUGGCCCCCCGAACUACCUCAAUCAAUUACCGGAGUCGCCCCCUACCUCGGAACAGAGUCUCGAUUGGAACAUGUCCCAAAUUCCAUUGGAAUAUUCCCCGGAUUUAAACGAAAACCAGAACCCUCACUACUUUAAUAUAAACAAGUUGCUGUUCGAAAUGUACGUGCAGAGAGUCCACAGAGGCUGCCAUCAAAUUUAAGAUAUUUAGUAUCGAAUGAAAUGGGACUGCCACUUACUAAGUGAAAAAUAGUUUCUUUCCGACGAGAACUAAUUCCAGGUUGAUAGUUCAAAGGAUAUUUUUGGAAGAACUUUCAUUUCAAUAUAUUAUACAUCUAUGAUAAUUAUAAAUUAUUUUACUUUUACUCUAUUUAUAAGUUGUAUUUAUUUUUUACUUUUAGUUCUUACAACUGAUUAUAUACGUUUGUAGCUAUGGCACUUCUUUUUAUGGAAGCGAAUGUAUGCUUUUUACUUUGUGUGCUUGAAUGGGUAUGCAUUUAAAUUUCCAACAAAAAUAGAUGUAGGUAAAGAUGAUUGUAACAAAUUAUGGUAGAAACGUUUUUUAUUGAAAGCUAUACGUGUCCAAGCAUAAUGAAUGUAAGACCUAUUAAAGUAAUUUUAAUUUAAGGAAAAAUAUUCAAAUUUGUAUUUUAUUACAGAGGUGGCAACUCUGUACUAGAGCAUGUGCCGAGGAAAAUUAAUGUUAGGCGUUUUAAAUAUAAAAACCACAACUUUGUAAUGAUAAUUACCGAUUUAGAAAACACUUAGUUAGAAAGUAGCCGAUAAACUGUACCUCUUUAAGCCAACCUUCUGAAAACUUGUAAAAUAUGUUUUUUCUCAAAAUAUACCCUUGAUUUAGCUAUUGAAUCAAUAUUUUAUGUAUCAUAAUCUAAUAAAGGUCGAGGAAAGUAAAAUU